AUUGUGUAAAAUUCAAUGUUGGAAAAAGCUAUUUGCCAUCGGAUUCCCAUACAAACACUGUAAUUUCUGACAGCUUUGCCUGCCCAUCCUAAGGCCUAUUAUAAAAUUACUGAACAGUGAAAUGGCGUUCGUGCAUGCUUCCAUUUCAUGCCUCGUAUGGCACUAUACACAGAAUUGGGGUGAAGGGGAGGGACUGGGUACUUUGGCUCUAUGAAUGAUGGCAAACGCUAAUGACUGUCAAGUAGACAGUCUGAGUGCGCGAAACUUCUUGGACAUUAUGGUUGUUUACCAUUUACCCAAACAUUCCGGAAAUUUCGGUCAGAAUGUAAAUGGUACGACAAUUUUGGCACAACCGACGGGGAAAGUUUCGAAAUAAACGGGACGUCUUGAAAGGCAGUCCAAAAUUUCCAACCGAAAUAUCCGAGUGGAAAAUGUGCUUACCAUUUGCAAUCUUCACCGUCAUAUUGGAAUCAAGAUGGGGUUAAACUCGUCCUAGUCUCUUUCGGUAAACUGGGUUUUUUUGGGUAUAUGGUAAAUGGCCAGUCCCAACGGAACUUACCACCAGGAAUUGCCUAAACCGUUCAGCAACCGGUUUGGUGUAAAUGGUAAACAACAAUAUCUACAGCAGAAUUAAUUAAUUUGUUCCGCCUACUUUUUAAUAACGCUCGAGAAGGCCGAGAAGGAAGCACUCUUCUCUAAACACCUCUAGCUUGUUUUCUUUUCAACUCCCGCGUGCUGAUAUAACUCAAAAGCGAACACUGGCGCGUGAAGUAGUUAAAUAACAUAGUACGGGAUGUCUCACACAAUUUGCCUGUGGUAGGCAAAGAAAGGCUGCGAAACAUUUCAAGAAUGCUUGUUGCGUCUUUCUGAAAUCAAUUUCCUCGUUUUCUUGCCCUGGUACCUGUACUUGUAUUAUCAAAACAAAUCCGGUAUUGAGGGGAAAUUUAACUGUUUUACGUCUGGUAUUCACUGGUGCAUAAUUAGAAGCAACAUACUCGGACGGUGCUUUUAAGGAAACUUUCCUGUCUGAAGCAAAAGGCGCUAGUUAUUAACAACUUACCGAGUGUGCGUAUGUUGCGAAGGCUUAUGAGCUAGUGGAAACCAGUCUCUACCUGUAAAAACGUUUUACUCAUUUGAAUUUGAUCAACAUAAACAAGUGCAAAAUAUAUUUCUGUAACUGAACGAAUGUAAAUGAUAGCAGCAGCUUUUUUCUGAACUAUGUUUGGUACUGUAGGUCAUACGAUUUUCGAGUGAAUAACUUCAAUGGUCGCCUAGUGAAAUAAACUUGAUUUUUGACCAAAUUCUCCCAAACAGCAUGCAACAAAAUGGGUAAAGAACAGUAUGGAGAUUUUAACUACUGGUGAAAAUUACUGUUAAACGGCUUCUAGCUAAAAAUUUAGAUAAAAAAAUCUACCAGAAAGUGUUAGAUAGCGGUUUUAAAUGGAAAUUUCUAACCUUGGUUUCUAUUUUUACGAGAACGUGUUGUUGACAAUGUGCUAAAAGGUUGGCCAUGUUUGGUAAUAAGCGUGAACAGCCGUGAAUAGCGCACCAUGUUACACAACAGGUCUCUUGCAACCCGCUUUCGAACCGCCCGAAUACAGAGCCGUGGGCUACACGAGAGUGUUGUUCGUGCGGUUUCGAAAAACUUGUUAAAGAAGAACGAAAAGAUGAAUUGUUCAUUAAUUAAGUUGAAGGGAUAAAGGAAGAUCAAGAUUACACCAAGAGGGAUGAGAGUACCACCAAGUUAAAAGGAAGCCAGGAGCCACACAUGGCAAAGGAAUGAUCCUUGUACAGAAAGUCGAGUUCAGCAUGUCAGUUGGAAUCCUCCUGGGAUUAGUUGUUCUGCUAGCAACAUGCUCAGACGCUGCCAAGAUAACGAAAAGGGAUCACGACAAACGCCAGAUUUCUCCCCCGUUAUAUUAUCAACUUCCUCAACGUAGAUUUCAGUUUGGGCGUCCAUCAACAAGAACAUAUUUUACGCCUCCAAGAUAUCAAUACAAUUCAGCCUUCAAGAAUGUUGCACCAAUUCGACCAACCAAACAGCUACAAUCAGCGUAUGCAGGUUCACCGAAGAUAUUCAGUGCACAGGCUCAAAGGCGAUACACGUCUUAUUACUAUCCUCAUCGGACACACUACAGAGAUUGGUCUCGAAAGCUAGUCGAGGCGAGUGCGUAUGCUCGAAAAGUGCAGGAUAUCAGAAAAAAAGAGCUCCUUAAAAAACAGAAGACCGAUCCAUCAAGUGCAGGGAUCAAGUUGUUUGUUGCCGGUGUCAAUCGUGAUGGAAAAGUCCUGGGACAAUGGAUUGAUCAUGGCAAAAUGCAGAAACCGAAUGGCCGCCAAAAUGAAGAGUUAAUAAGAAAUAAGCCCUCUCAGGAAAACGUUGAUACUAAAAUUCCUAAUGUUGAGUUGAUGGGAUCAUCACGAGCCAUGCAACAAACUCCAGUUUCCACAGUAACCAUGAACAGCAAACCGUCCCCUUACACCAAGACCAGUGUCGCGUUCCCCACUCAGUCGAACUUGGGAGGAGCUGUGAUUGGAGAUAUAAAUAGGAAUCUACAAACUCAAACACAAGCUAAUUCCUUCCUUGACAAGGGAUCAACGACCAUACCAAAUGUAAAUGAAGCAAUUUUGAGUGACAAUUUGGGUGGUGCGGCUUUGGGACCAAACGCUCAUUCGCUACUUCAGCCGACCAUCGCGCAACAGGCAAAUCAGAUCGGUGCCCUUAGGAAUGCUCCGGGACGCGAGAGUGAAAUUAAACAAUCCAAUAGCAAUCCUCAACCAAAGGCUAAUUCAAUUCAGAGUUUUGGUUCUCUGAGCGCUGGAGACAAUUUAAAUAAAGAUUCGCCUAGUAAUGUUAAUAUUCCAGGACAGGGCCAGGCAAACAAUGUACUAUCUAGAAACGAUCAGCAUCCCCCGGUUAACACGGCUACUUAUAACAUGCAGGCUAGUUCAGCUCAAAAGAUUGCCGCCCCUCCUAAUUUAUCGGCAGUACCAGGGCCAGCAUCACAAACGAAGGCUGAUCAAUCAAUGAGUGUCACUAAAGGAACACAAAUAUUGCCUACGAUACCUGUAGCGAAAAACAUGCAACCUUCUAAUACUGUGGCUUUAGACGCUUCUAAUAUUGAUAAAACCACUGCUCAAAAGCUCAAUGCUGGACUGGCAUCUACAUCAGCUUCAAGACCGCAGGUGACAGUGUUAGCGCAACCUUCCACUUCAAAUGCUGUGUCUGCUUCAAGAAAUAGCGUACCUGGAAAUGUGAAUCGCGUCCAAACCCAACUGGACAGAGAGUUGGCUUUGAAAAACAUCCUGUUUCCGCCACCAGCUGCAUCCAGCAAUCAAGUUUAUGGGACUGCUUCUAAUGCCUUUCAAAAUCAGCAACAGCCAUCUCAGGGACAAGUUGACAACAUGACACCCACCUUCCCGGCUUUCCGUUAUAAUGUUAAUCUUCCUGUGACUGGACAAACUGGUUUUAAUAGUUAUCGAAGAAAUAACAUUCCACUUGUCCCUUCUGCAGCUAACAGUAAAAAAUCAAUCGUGCCUCAACGUAAUACCGUUCCGUAUAAGAGUUCUUUUCCACUUAUGUUACACAAGAUUUCACCAUACUUCAAGAUGAAACGAAACCUCAAGCAAGCUGCAAGCGAGCAGGCCAAGGCCAGAAGAAGACUUCUUGAACUGCAACCUAUCAAGUGAUGUUUAGGGAUCUGAGGGAACUUGCUGAUCAACAUAAUUAUUAUGUGGAUGAACUCUUGGCAAGGUCUUUGUCGAUAUAACGGACACUCAGCGGAAUCCUGGUAUUCCAUGUGAGUUUUUUUUAUAAAUAAAUAUACCGAAUAUACAGAUGAGACAUAUCAACUCUAUCUAAAUCUUAAAAAACAGUAUCAAUAUUUGGACGUGGGUGAAGAGGAGUAAUAUUUCAAAUUUACUAAGCCAGCAUAACAUAAAUAGGAUUUACUAAAAAAAAA